GGGCCGACAGCGGUGGAAGAAGGCGCGGCGGCGGUUGUGGCGGUUGAGGCAGUUCAUUCGCUCUGCAACCUGAGGAGAAACAUCCAGGGCCGGAGCGUUGCGCUCGCAGGUUGCUUUUUGAAUGAAAGAAGAGAACCUGUUGACAUGGGAUCUGUCUGGGAAUGUGGUUAAGUGGUUGGUUAGACGGCUUGAUGCAACUCUUAUCCCAAUAUGAAGCAAUGGCCAAAAUGAAGUACCUUGAUAGUGCCUCAGGAAUGAGAACCUUCUACUGGUCUAUGCUGAGAGUCUGCUAAAUAAGCUGGAGAGUCACAGAAGCAUUCUGAGAGGAUGGCUGCAAACUGGAUGUUCCAUUUCCUUUGGCCUCUGGUUAUUCUGGUAGGAUGCACAGGUGGCCACAGCCUGUUCUCAUGUGAGCCCAUCAUCUUGAGGAUGUGCCAAGACCUUCCUUACAACACCACAUUUAUGCCUAAUCUUCUGAACCAUUAUGAUCAGCAAACAGCAGCUCUAGCAAUGGAGCCUUUCCAUCCUAUGGUGAACCUAGAAUGCUCCCGUGAUUUUCGACCAUUUUUGUGUGCACUGUACGCUCCUGUAUGCAUGGAGUAUGGCAGAGUUACCCUCCCUUGUCGCAGGAUUUGUCAACGAGCUUAUACAGAAUGUUCAAAACUCAUGGAGAUGUUUGGAGUGUCUUGGCCAGAGGAUAUGGAAUGCAGUAGGUUCCCAGAUUGUGAUGAGCCUUACCCCCGUCCUGUUGAUCUCAGUGUAGUUGGAGAACCAACAGAAGAGGUGCCAGUAGCAGUGCAAAGGGACUAUGGCUUCUGGUGCCCCCGAGAAUUAAAAAUAGAUCCUGAUUUGGGUUACACAUUCCUGAGGGUACGAGACUGCUCCCCCCCAUGCCCAAAUAUGUAUUUUAGGCGCGAAGAGCUCUCUUUUGCACGAUACUUCAUUGGCGUGAUCUCCAUUGUCUGCCUUUCGGCUACGUUAUUUACUUUCUUGACUUUUCUGAUCGACGUCACAAGAUUUCGCUAUCCUGAAAGGCCUAUUAUAUUCUAUGCUGUCUGCUACAUGAUGGUAUCUCUCAUUUUCUUCAUUGGCUUUUUGCUAGAAGACAGGGUCUCCUGCAAUGCAUCUAGCCCCAACACAUACAAGGCUUCCACAGUGACACAGGGCUCCCACAACAAAGCUUGCACCAUGCUUUUUAUGGUGCUGUAUUUCUUUACCAUGGCUGGAAGUGUCUGGUGGGUGAUUCUUACUAUCACUUGGUUCUUGGCAGCUGUGCCAAAGUGGGGCAGUGAAGCCAUUGAGAAGAAAGCCCUGCUUUUCCACGCUAGUGCAUGGGGUAUCCCAGGAACCCUAACCAUCAUCCUUCUAGCUAUGAAUAAAAUUGAAGGUGACAACAUUAGUGGCGUAUGUUUUGUUGGCCUCUAUGACGUGGAUGCGUUGAGAUACUUUGUUCUUGCUCCCCUGUGCCUGUAUGUGGUUGUUGGAGUUUCUCUGUUACUAGCUGGCAUUAUCUCCUUAAAUCGGGUACGCAUUGAAAUCCCUUUAGAGAAGGAGAACCAAGACAAGUUGGUGAAAUUCAUGAUCCGGAUUGGUGUCUUCAGUGUUCUCUAUCUGGUGCCCCUCUUGGUUGUGAUCGGCUGCUAUUUCUAUGAGCAGGCUUAUAGAAGUGUAUGGGAGACAACGUGGAUCCAAGAACGAUGCAAAGAAUAUCAUAUUCCCUGUCCCUAUCAGGUUACCCGGAUGAGUCGCCCAGACCUUAUCCUCUUUCUGAUGAAGUAUCUGAUGGCUCUUAUAGUGGGGAUCCCAUCAGUCUUCUGGGUUGGAAGUAAAAAGACUUGUUUUGAGUGGGCCAGCUUUUUUCAUGGUCGCAGGAAAAAAGAAGCUGUGAACGAGAGCCGGCAAGUGCUACAGGAACCUGACUUUGCUCAGUCUCUAUUAAGAGACCCCAACACACCCAUAAUUCGCAAAUCUAGAGGCACCUCCACUCAAGGGACAUCCACUCAUGCUUCCUCUACCCAGCUGGCUAUGAUGGAUGACCAGCGAAGCAAAGCAGGCAGCGUCCAUAGCAAAGUCAGUAGCUACCAUGGCAGUUUGCAUAGGUCACGAGAUGGCAGGUAUACCCCCUGCAGUUAUCGAGGGCUUGAAGAUAGACUACCUCAUGGCAGUAUGUCCCGACUGACUGACCACUCCAGACACAGCAGUUCCCACCGGCUCAACGAUCAGUCACGUCACAGCAGCACCAGGGACCUCAGUGGCAAUCCAGUGACUCACAUAACACACGGCACAAGCAUGAAUCGGGUUAUAGAAGAGGAUGGCACUAGUGCUUGAUCUCUUUUCCCCCACUUCCCCCAAAUGCUCAUGCAUUGGCAUAAUCCACAGCUGUCUUCAAAAUGACCAAAUGCUCAGCACUCUCGGUCUGAUCAGGUGCUAACUUUGUGGAAAGGAACCAAACUGGGUGCUGCCUUUUUCUCUUUCUGUAUCCAGCUCUUUGGCAAAGGUUUGCCUCACAAUGAGGAUGCUGCUUGAUCAUGUCUUGAAGCUAACGGCUGAUAGUACUAACAUUUUCAACUCCUUUAUGAAUUUUAUUUAUUCAAUUACAUUUUUCCCCAUCUUGCUUGACAGUUGAUUUCUUUUUUUAAAAAAAAUGGCAUGUAUGCCUCUGUAGGAGACAUACUAUGAAGGUCUUGUGAAAAGUUCCCAAAAGCAGAAGACUAUGGCUUUUUUGUUUGAAGAAACUCCUCCCUGUGGCUUUUUUGUCUCUGAUUAGAUAAUAAACUGGUUACUUGUUCUCUUGCAGCACACAGGGUGGGCUGUGUGUUAACAACUGUAUAAAGGACAUCUAUGGGGAAUCAGCAGGAGAUUUUAAGCAGUUACACUGGAAAUGCAGCAGAAGGAUAAUGAACAUUCAGUAAGAAGAAUAGAAGCUCUGCAUAAGGGUGUCGGCUCUUAACUGAAAUUGCUAGUUUCAGUUGUGGGGGGGAGGCUGGGUAGGAAUGAGGGGAGUAUAGCUUUUUGUAGUAUCGUUUUUAUAGAAAAUGUUCUGACUUCCUACUUGUUUACAAUUUUUACACAGGGAAAGGAGAAAAAAGGAGUUGAAUGUCAGUUAUCCAAGCUGAGUUCAGCAUCUCAAACCCCUUCAUUGGCAAUCGCCGGAUGAGAGGCAGUUUAGCUCUCCAUAUGAAACAUUCCCAUUCCCUGGGUCAGUUCUUGCUGCAUCUGGGACAUUCUUGGUGGGGUGGGCUUGAGGAGUCUGUUCACAGAAGAGGAAAAGGGGGUGUGUUUCUGUGGGGGGAGAAGCAAAAGAAAAGUAGAUCUGUUUGCAUGUUAGAUAAUCUGUUGGCUCGUUUCAUGAAGGGUCAUCUGCCAAAGCCUGCCUGCAGUCAUUAAGAAGACAGUGCCAAAUUUCCUGAUCAUGUCCCAUCUCAGGGUCCCUCCCAAGAUAUGCAGGUGGAGGAGAAGGCUUCCUCCAUCCAGAUCCUUACAGGGGUUUCACCAAGGGAGUUCUUUGGUGUUCCUCAGUUCCCCCUUGUUAAGUUUUGUAUUGGGGUAUAAUAGGUUUUUGGGAAUGCAGCAGGCAAUGUCAAGCCAUGUUUUAGUUUGGGAAUGAACAACUAUAUGGCUGAUACCUAGAGCACUUCUUUGUCCCCUGUUGUCUCAUGGCUUUCAUCUGUGGGAAAUGGGAAGGGAGAAUUUUAUAGCUCUUACUGUAUUUUUUAAAGUCUACUAAGAUGGCAUUAUAAUCUGAAGUCUCUGAACCAGGAAGCAUUAGAACUGAAGUAAAGAAGUUAUACAAAUAAUAUUGUGGGCUGAAAGGAACUCUGGGUCAUGGCAGACUGUUUUUGAUGAUGACUCUGUUAAAAGGAGAAUGAGAUCCUGCUAUGUUUGCUGUGUUCUUGAACACGUUUAAAGUAGUUCCUUCGAUCUCCCGUUUGUGGUACGAAACUGAAUUUUGUUCUCAACUAUGUUCCAAAUUCUUCAAGAUUUAAGGAGCUGCUGGUGGUUUACAAAAAUGAGUGUUUAUUGUUAAAGAAUAGCAAUCAUUCUGUUCAAUAGUGACUAAGAUCCCUUCUGCAUAGCAACAGACUGGAAAUAUAUGUCCAAGUAGUUCUCACCAUGCUCCUGUAAGUGAUAUGCAAAUGCAUGCCUCAAAAAUGAUCACCUAUUGCUGGAGAUAUUGCCCACAGUGCUCGUAAGUACACUUGAUUUUGUCAGGCAACUACUGACAAGUGAUCAGAGUUGUCACCUGGAAACACUGGUUUGUGUUUAAACCUACCUCACUUUUUGCUGCUGACACUACUACUGGGAAUUGUUGUCUCAUUCUUUUAACAUACAUUCCUUUUUGAAUCUGUAUUUGUACUGAGGGCAGGCAAAACCCUGCUCACCUAAGAAUUAUGCUGGUGUUUGAAGAUUGAGGGAAGCCUCAUUUUUUUUGAGUAGUUGGACCCUGGCUCUCACUAAUGGGUUCCACAAAGGCAGGGGAGCCAAAAAGUGCCAUAAGAGCAAGAUACUGUUCCCCACAAAACGAAUGCCUCUCAGAGAGUUUGUAUGUCAAGUCUGGGCAGGAAGACAAUUAGCAGCUGCACUUUUCCCCUGGCCAUAAGGGAUGCCUGGCUGGACUGUGGGGCUGUCUAAUCUCCAUUGUCUCACCCUAAGGUGUUUUAAUCAGCACUCUGAGUAGACUAUUACUUACCCUAUCUGCACCCAUCCCAACAAUCAAUCUGUAUUCGAGAGAAUAGCUCAGAUAUUCUCUUGCGUCCUGAUGACCCCUCAAGCCUCUUUUAUCGUUUUAUUGGAACCCUGGAAAAGCAAUCAAUUCUUUAUCUCUGGCUUUCCUGCCAGAUUACCCCAUACCACCUCCGCCCCCAUUUUUUAGUAUAAAUAUUGGUCCUUUGGCCAUUCAUAGGGCCUGUGUGUUCUGGAUCCAUGCAUGUACACUCCCUUUUGCAAGUAGGCACUUUCUUUUGUAUGUGGAAAUGCUGGUAGUUUUCUCCUUCAGCGCUGCUUUUCCUCAAUGUCCCUUCAAGACUGGUAACUUACCCAAUCCUGAAACCCUAUCCAAGUUCCUCCCUUUUCUCUUAAUUGGUGAUAUUUACCAAUCUUGGAGUUAUGUUGAGGAAAAGCGGCAUGAAGAAGCAAAACACAGCCUUUCCAGGAGCAAAAAGAAGAGCCCUCCAACUGUGAGUGCAUGCAUGCAACCCGAACACACACACCCUAUGAAUGGCCAAAGAUCAGUACCCAAAAAUGAGUUCUGAGGUGGUUUGAGGUAAGCUGGCAGGAGAACCAGAGACAGAGAAUUGAUUGCUUGAUAGGGAGAGGUUUGAUGGGUUGUCAGAACCCAAGAGAAUGCCUGGGAUAUUCUCUUGAAUACUGAUUGAUUGCUUGGAUGGGAGUAGAUAGGGUAAUUAUGUGUGCUGAUUAAAUCAACUUAGGGCAGUGUUGGUGAACCCUGGCAUGUCACCUUUGACAUGAGUGUGAUAGGUUCACCUAUCAGUGAUGCCUUAGGGUGACACAAUAGAAAUUAUCUAGCCCAUCAUCCAGCCAGGCAUAAUUUAGGGCAAGGGGAAAAGUUCCAAGGCCAACCUCUUUCUUGCCUGAACUUGACACACAAGAUGGACCCCAGAACUCUCUGAGUAGCAUCCAUUUUGUGGGAAGCAGUGUCUUUGACCCCUGUGCCUCCAUGGCACCCCUUAAUGGGAAUAGGGGUCCAUCUGCUUACAAUCCCACCUCCAAAUGAAGACAUACAGCUCUGGUGUAUGACUUCUUUCAUACAUUCCAGACCGCUGAUCAGUCACUGAGGAGACACAAGUGAUGAGCCGGCUAUGAGCUGUUACAAGAGGACUUUGGCAGGAGGUGGAGGAAAGGGGGAGAGAGAGAGGAUGAGGGCAGGAGUGGAAAAGCAGUCAGAUCUGGAUUCUUUGUCAGGAAAAAACCAAUGAGUUGACUGAAAUGGUAAAAUUGAUGGCAGACGCUGCUUUCAUUGUUCGUGGGUUUGGAGAAGGGAUUCCCUAGCUAAUCAUUAAAACAAUCAACAAUUAUACAUAGUAGAAUAAAUCAAAGCAUAUAAACACAUAAUAAAUCAGUGAAGUGAUUAAAACUAAUUGGCAAUUUCAAAUUCAGUGCUUAAUUAAGAAGAUCACACAAGUAGGAUCCAGUGAUCCUAACUAUGUACACAGUGAUUAUGAUGAUGAAAUUCUCAUACUCAUAGCAGGUUACAAAGUCUAAAGCCAGUACAUAAGUGGCACCCUUCCUGUUUACCACUUGAGGAGUGCAGACAAUCAGGGGAGCCACGGAGACUAUCGAUUGAGACUGGAGUAAGUGGUGGCCCUUCUAAUUCCAGGUACCUUAAAUGGAACAAUAGCUGCAGAAAAGGCUAGGCAACUGAUAUCAAGCAGCUGUGGGCAGCAGUGGAAGUAACUUGGCUUUUGGUGAUGCUGCAGUUCAGGGUUUCCAGCCAAGAGGAUCAGUGGAUGCUUCUAGGGAUAGACAGGCUUCCUUCAGGGAGUGGGACCUGCAGGUAGGCCGUCUGACCUUAGGUGGUGAUUGGCAAGAGUGUCACGGGCUUGGGUACCUGCUGGCUUGGAAAAAGAGACUGGAGUGAUUAGUGGGAGGCAUGCCGCACAGCUGGAACUGUUGUUGUAAGCAUGAGAAGAAAACAUUAAGUUGAGAUCCUGUCAGUUUCUUCUUAUGGUCAAGAGGAUAGUGCUGGCAAAGCUUGGCGAAAAGGGCCAAAGCUGGAUUGCUAAGUCUGGGAUGAGCUUGAGAUUUUGGUUUGCCAAGCAUGUUGGCUAUGCAAAUGAGGCAAUGAACUCCAAAAUUGCCCUGAAAAUGUUUGCAGCCAAAAGAAGUUUUCCAGAAAAAGAAAGGCAGCAAUAGACAGAGCACACCCAGGGCUGGUGGAGGGGUUGAUUGCCUUUUUAAUCCUCACUUCCUGUGGUGAGCCCCAAGAGCUGCUGCCUCAUAAAGCUACACAGUCAUUCCUUCCUUGUCAUACCCAGAAAUACCUUCUUAGCUAUCAAAAGUCAUCUGUAAUUCCUUCUCAUUCACUGAUCUUUCAUUGUUCCAAUCUAAUUAAUUUAUUGUUGUUCCUAGUAGUCCAUGUUUUAUUCAUGUCAUACAUACACUCAAAAGGAGAAGGGGAAAGUAUAGCUGUGCACAUUUUGUGCACAGCUAAAAUACUUCAUGUUUUACCUCUAAGGAAAUGCACUUGUACUAGAUGCCAGCUUUAACUGCUAGGCAUUCUUCUUAAGAUAUUUCCAUAGUCAAAGAAUAAUACCAUUGAAGGGAAAAAGAAAGUAUGUUCCAUGGAAAAAGGCAUUUUACAUAAUCCCCCCACCCCCAGAAUCCAAGGGCAAUAGAGAUUUUAAAAUGUUCUAUAAUAGCAGCUAUGUUCUGCCACCUGAAUGAUGUUAGUUCUCAAGGGGGUCUUUUUGUUUACUUGUGUGUUGAUCUUUCUGAUAAUGAACUGAAAUCUUUACAGAACACAAAAACAUACUCUUCCCUCCUCCCAUGUAUUUUCCUGGAUAGAAAGGUUUUCGAGAUAUACUGCCUCUGGCUGAGAAGGCUCUCCCAUGUAGUCUUUGUGUCACGUGGCUGCUUUUAAAUUUCAAGAAUCAAAACCAAGAUAGGAGUUCAAUGUACAAUGUACUGUAUCAAAAACGCACUGCACUCAGGCUGAUACGUGGACUAUUUCUGAAAAUUCUCAGAACCAUGACAAACUCAAUUACUAUGUAUAUACAAUCGUUUUAUUACCCUUAUUUUUCUGUUAUCUAAGUAUAUAAAUUCUUAUACUUCUGUAAUCUGAAUCAACUUAUUCAGUUCAGUAUAUACACACUAAUGUCUAAGCAUACAUAUUGUAACAUUAUACAUUAGGAUUGCCAACUGUUCUUAAUAUCCUGAGAACACUGCACGAUGUUUAAAUUUCACCAUGAGCCACAAAGGAUUUUAAUGGACUUGCUGCUGUGGUUCAAGGGAUGCACUUUUGCAACACCAUCCUGUCUAAUGCUGCUAAAUCUUCCUUGAUUAGGUUAGUCUUUUUAAAAAGAUAAAGAACAAUGGGCAUUCUAUCUUGAUAGAAGAGGGGGUGAGGAGGCAUGACUAACCUGGUGGUUUAAAUUUCCAGUCUUUUGACAUCUUGAGCUGGUUAUUUGGGCUGCAUUUCUGUCCAGGGCCAUUGGAAACAGAGAGCCUGCCUGAGAUUUCCCAAGCUGCACUAAAAUAGAAUAGAACUUUAAUUUAUAUACCGCCCUCCCCCGAAAGGCUCAAGGCAGUUCACAACAAAAUAUAAUAAUAACGUAACAUAUACAACAGUAUCAAACAUUAUUUCAAAUAACAAUAUCGAUAAUCAAAUCAUCAUCAAUAUAACAUUAUGACAUUACACAGCAGCAAUAUAACAUCAGCACAGCAAGCUAAUCUAUAUAUAUAUAAAAAUGGAACCAUGUGUUUGUUGCUUCGAGAAUAAACCCGCACCUGCAAAUUUCACAAACAUUUUACUCAUUCCCCCGAUUGUGUUCUUACGUACCUCCCGCUGUCGGACAACACACCUGAGCCAGGUAAAACAUCUUUUUCCUGGCGCACCAAGAAACAAGAGAUAGAAUAAUGCUAUGAAUUU